AUGGCAGCUACGGGGCUCUCUGCAGGUUUGGCCUGGGUGCUUCCAGUGAGGCCGGACAAGCUCGGUCCGCAUCUCAAGAACUUCGAAGAAGCUGUCCCUACUCUUCACGCGCUUCGUCUCUGCCACCGCUACGGCAGGGGCGCCGACGUGCACAUCACAAAGCUGCCAGCCGAGCUCGAGCUUCUCAUCGAAGGAUUCAUCAUUCACCCGUUCAAGUGCUCGACGGAAUGGGGCAGGAUUGCGAGGUGGGAAGAUGACUUCAAGUGUUUCGAGUCGCGCUGCUCUCCGUUGUUCCACUUGGCCGGCGCCAGCUCCUUGGAUUGCAUAUACGAUGACUUCACCUUCUGCGGAUCAGUGGCCUGUGAACCAUACGGAGGCUCCAACGAAGACUGCCGGACCCUUUGCAAGAACUCGGAGACAGAUCCCUGCGAAGUGUGCAAGACCAGGUCCAGCGAAGGGGUGUGCGAGAAGAGUUGUCACGGACGAGAGCUCGAGGAGUCAGAAUCUUUCCUCAGCGAAUGUGCAGUGUGGAUCGAUCUCCAUUUCGAGAGCCGCCAUGAAUGGGAUGAGAGGGUUUGCAAGACGGAAGUCGACAAGAUGAAUGCGACCUUGAGGAAGCAUUUUGGUCUCGAGGUGACCUUUACCGAGACCCGCACAUACGUCCCGGAGCGAGAUAACUGGCCCAUGCACAAGAACUACAAAUGGCACGACGAAAACCACAUCCAAACGACUAUCUGCCAUCUGACAAUGCCGCGCCCAAAACCACCAGCUCACGAGUGGCUCUCAAGCGACAUGGAGGACAGUACAGGAUCCUUCUGCAUCGAAGGAACUCAGACUCUGGCAGUCAACAUGGAGAGUCAUAUCAGCAACGCGGCGAUCAAACAGCGAUUCCAGAAAGCGACGAACUACCUUCGACUGGAGCCGUCCCCACACACCAGUCAACAUUACUCCGAGCUACGUCCUACGCUUGAGCCCCACGCAACCUCGAGUGAUACCGCUACAGAUCCAAAUGAGAAAAACGAGAAAGCCAUUCAGGACGAACCCAAGCUCGAGUGGCCGAAGCUGGUCCUGAUGCUCAGCACAUGGUCCUCCGGCCAUUGCCAUUGA